AUGGAGGGAUCAGCCGAUAAGGUGGCUGAGAAGUCGACAAAGCCGCUUGGUAUGCGCAAAAAUGGAAAACAAUGGCAUGCACCGAAGAAGGCAUUUCGCCCGACAAGGGGACUGUCCUCUUACGAACAGCGGACGAAGGAGCGCGCUGCAAUGGCUCAGAUGAAGGCCAAGGAAAAGGAGAUGAAGGAGGAGAAGGAGGAAGAGCGCCAGCGCCGAGUUCAAGCAAUCAAAGACAAGCGAGCAAGAAAGGAGGAGAAGGAACGAUACGAGAAGAUGGCCGAAAAGAUGCACCGCAAGCGAGUGGAGCGACUAAAGCGCAAGGAGAAGCGAAACAAGCUGCUGAACUCAUGA